GGGCAUUUCCGUAUGUGGUGAAGCGCUGCCGCCAUUUUGUCCGUUUAUACAAGCAGGCCGGGAACGUCGUCGACCAGUGCUCUUGUAUGAAAUCAAGUUUUAAACAGUCAAAUCCAUAGAACUGGAUCCGUACAGCUUGGAGCCAACCCUCAAGACGUGCACCUGGAAACGUCUUAUCCACUGCAGGGAGGCUUCCAAGGGCCCUGUAGAAGCACUGAAGAGUUCCUGACCUGCAGUAUUGCCUGGCUGUGAUGAGCAUGACCAACAAAGGAGAUGACUGCUACUUCUACUACUACUCAACAUGCACCAAGGGUGAUAGUUGCCCUUUCAGACACUGCGAGGCUGCCAUGGGUAGCGAGAUUAUGUGCAGCCUUUGGCAGGAGAACCGUUGCUUCCGCAGUGUAUGCAAGUUUCGCCACAUGGAAAUAAAAAAAAACCGCAAAGAAAUCCCUUGUUACUGGGAAACCCAACCGGGUGGCUGCCAAAAACCACAUUGUGCUUUUCAUCAUGAGAAGCCACGUGUGAUUGAUGGGCUGUAUGUCCCCCCAGACAAAGGGCCAGCUGUAAGAAAGGAAAAAGAUGAGGAGACUCCACAGGAGGACCAUGUUUUAUCUGCUACGGCCCCCAUUUCCAACCCCACCAACCCCCAGCUAAGAGGUGUCAUUAAGUCGGAGACUCAGGAGAGUGUCCCCAGUCCUACACACCCACCAGUAGUCAUUAAUCCUGUGGACGAUGAGGAUGAUGAAGAUGAUCAGGUCUCUGAAGAGGGAGAUGAAGCUUCCAGUGUCUCUCCAAGGAAACUUAUGAACUCUAGCAAAGAUGAUUCUCUCAACUUUGGUAUCAAUACCUUGGAGGAGAUCAGGUUAAGGAAAGCUCUGAAGGCCAAUCUAAAAAGAGCUGGCCAUCCCAGUAGCAACGGAGCUGGCACAGAGAAGGAAAAUAUUCAGUCUCUCACACAGCUGGCUUCUCUUGCUACCAAGAGUGAGUCUUCUGUGUUGGAGGACCCUGGAAAAAGGAAAGUCACUGACAGGCUUGGAAAAAGACUUAACAGAGACAUCCCUGUGGAAGGUGACCUUUGUCUGAAAGCGAGCCUUGCUGAGCGCCUUGGUGGAUUUGUAGGCUCGCCUCAGAACAACCCAGAUAUGCCUCCUCAGAAAGCUGUAAAACCUGUGCAUGAAAGACUUGGAACAGCCCCUGACCUCACCGCACCCAAGUCACCUAACACUGAGCCAAAGCCAUCUGGGGAGAUCCGGAUCAAAACUCUCGAAGAGAUCCGCAAAGAGAAGGCUACUAAGUCCCAAUUGCAGCGUAAAGGUGUCAGAGUUGUAAUGGAGGUGCCAGUAAAAAGCUCCACCAAAAAAGGGAACAGGCCUGUGAGUGGACCGCAAGUAAAGACCUUCUCUGAGCUCCUGCAUGAGAAGAAAAAGCUGCAGGAGGACAAGGGGGUGUCUCAGCAAGGUAGUUCCAGCCCAGAGAGAACUGAAGGCCUUGAAAAUGCUGUAGCAGUCAAAGUAGCUGCUCAGUCAGGGGAGGUCAGAGUGAAGACCCUCGAUGAGAUUCGCAAGGAAAAAGCUGCAAGGAUGCAAGCACAAGCACAGGCCCAGGACACUUCAAGUGACAACACCGUUAGUUCAAAUGAUGUGGCUGUGAAGAGGCGAAUUCUUCGCAUCAGCAAGAACACAUCAGCCGCUUCAACCAUUCCCUUGAAGAAGUCACAAGAUUCUGAGAAGAAAGUGGAUCAUGUGGCAGAGUCUGCCAAUGGAAAAAGUGACCCCUCGAGCCAAGGUGUUACGGUAAAGUCCUUUGAGGAGAUCAUGCGAGAGAAAAAACUUCGCAAGCAGCAGGAGAAUCAGGCCCUAUCUACCAGCCAGCCAGACCAACCUGGUCAGAAAUCAACCCCAGCACUUUCUGAGGAGAAGCCUCCUGUUGUAAUCAGAUCGCGCAUAACUGGACCUGCAGCAGCCCCACUAUCCACAGAGUUCUCAGACCAAGCAAAGCCUUCUGUACGACAGCGUCUUGGCAUCAAACCCCAGCCCUCCCCUCCUGUGCCUGUGGUAAUACCAGAGAAGAUGUCUCCAGAGGCACAAGCCGAGGAGAACUCUCUCAUCCCAAAUCCAAAGAAACUGAAGCUGUCACCUACAGUAGCUCCUCAUAGGCAAGCAGCAGAAGUGGCGGUUUCUCCAGGCUCCAACUCGCAGGAGCCACAAAUGGAGAAGAAUCAAGAAGCCCCCAAAACGUCCCCAAGCAAAGUCAUGGAAACGAAAGUGAGGCCCAAGUUGAAUGUGAAACCUUCUGUGAUGAAGCCAGCUGCUCAGGUAAAACUUGGCCAGAAGAGGAAAACUGCAGGGAGUCAUUGCUCUGCUGUUGCUGCAGUGAAACCUCUUAAUGCUAUCCCAGCACCUGAAAUUCAGCCGCCCUGCAAGCACAUCGAGUCGACUGCUACGGUCUGCAGUUCAGAAGUUGGCGCUGGUACCCAACAAAUGUCAUCUCUUGUGGAAGACGGCAUAAACCUUCCCAGCAAAACUAUGUCGCCAGUGACUGAGACUCUCUCUGUCCCACAAAGUCCUGUUGUUAAAACACCGACCCUGUCUCGGGCACGUCGGCAGAGUUUGGUUUCUGCUCGCGCUGCUACUAAUCCAGGAAGCUCCUCCAUGGUGGAUGACUUUGAGGACCUGUUGGAUGAAUUCACUGAUGACAAGUUGGAGGAUGAGAUGGAGCUGGACCCUGGCAAGGGCGAGGAUGAUCUCCUGCUAGAGCUCUCAGAAAUGAUUGACGGCUAGGCCUGAGCUCAGGAAAUCAUGGAAUUACAUUAAGCUCUGUAUACCCCAGCCCUAAUCCACUGCCACCUAAGAUAGAACGGAC